AUGGCUGCUGCUGCCAGUCGUCAAUAUGACAUUAUCCUCCUGGGGGCUACUGGCUACACUGGCAAACUGAUUGCCGAGUACAUCACGACCAACCUUCCCACCAACAUCACAUGGGCCGUGGCUGGACGCAAUCAAUCCAAACUCCAGUCCUUGGUCAGUGAGCUGAAGUCCCUGAAUUCGACGCGCAACUCUCCCGACAUCAUCACUGUGGCCAGCUUGACCUCCCCUGAAUUGACCCCUCUGGUCAAGAAGACCAAGGUGCUCUUGAAUGCCGUGGGACCUUACCACCUCUACUCGACUCCCGUGGUCGAAGCAUGUGCUCAACAGGGAACACACUAUCUUGACGUGACUGGCGAGACCCCAUGGGUUCGCGAUAUCAUUGUCAAGUACGACGACACCGCCAAGAAAACCGGAGCCAUCAUCAUUCCCGAAGUAGGUGUUGAAUCGGCACCGUCCGACCUGGUCGCCUAUAUAGCCACUCGUUUGAUCCGCAAAGUCUGGGAUUGCGGCGUCAUGGACAUGGUCGCCGCGGUGCACGAGUUGAAGUCCUCUGGACCUAGUGGCGGCACCCUGGCCACUGGUUUGGGAUUGGCCGACCACUAUCCCGCGAAGGUGAUGAGGCAGUGUCUCAGCGACCCCUUUGUUCUGUCUCCUUCCCAGCUACGGCCCUACACCAAGGAUACCAUCUACCCACGCAACCCCGAACCAAACACGUACGCACGCACUGGUCUGCAGAAACUUACGGGUGUCUGGAAGUAUCCACGCCUGGGCCACUUGACGACUUCCAUCACCGCCAAGCCCAACGAGGCCAUAGUUCACCGCUCCGCCGGCUUGACGCCUUACUUCUACGGCUUCAAUUUCACGUACGAGGAGUAUAUGGCGGUGGCAAGUCCCCUGGUCGGCGUGUUGAUUCACAUCGCCGUCACCAUCUUGGUCUUGAUGCUUGCGUUUCCCCCUACGCGAGCCAUCCUGAAACUGUUCGCCGCUUACAAACCAGGCUCGGGCCCGACAAAGGAAUCAACCAAGAGCGAUGUUCUGGAACUCCGCGCCGUCGCCGUCGCCGAGCAGCUCGCCAAGAACCAACGCAAGGCUUUGGCCAGUUUCCGGUAUGAGGGUGGAAUCUAUGCUCUCACCGCCCUGUUGAUCAGCGAGGCCGCCAUGGUCAUCUUGACAAAGGAGGAAGAGAUUAAGAAGAGCCACGGUGCGGGAUUCUUGACGCCGAGUUGCCUGGGCGACAACUACCUCGAGCGGCUGGAGAAGGCGGGCGUUCAGAUCGGAGUACAGCAAAUUGGUGAUGUGGGGAGCAAGUAG